UGCUAUCACAUUACUCUAUGGAAACAACACAUGAUGGAUAAUCAUGAACACGAGUAGCCUGUAUCUGUAUUCCGUCAGUAUUCAGUAGGUGUAAAUUGUAAAUCUCCUAAUGAAACACGAGUAAUCGUCAUAUUAAGUUACAAAAUACAAACAAAUUUAAUACUCAAUUACUACCUGAAUUUGUAUAACUCUUAAAAAAAACUGUUCGAAAUGGCUUCGACAUCAGUGUCUAAAGGAACAUUCCAACCAGAUUCUGAUGUUCAUAUUACAUUUGAAGAUCAACAAAAAAUAAACAAGUUUGCAAGGCUUAAUGCACGUGUUGACGAAUACAGAGAUGAAUUAAAAUCGAAACAAACAACAUUAAAGAAUCUGGAAGAUGCAUCUGAAGAGUUGAUGUUAUUGGACGAAGAUGAUUGUCCUAAUCUUCCAUAUCUUUCUGGAGAAACUUUUGUAUAUUAUAAUCUAGAAACUGCACAGAACAAUUUGGAAGAAUUGAAAAAAACUGUUGGAAAAGAGAUGAAAGAUAUUGAAACGAAAAUUAAAGAUAUUUCAUCUACUAUGAGUGAUCUAAAAACACAUUUAUAUGGAAAGUUUGGUAACAAUAUAAACUUAGAAGCUGAAGAUUAAAAAAAAAAUACCUUUAUUUCUUUAUUAUAAUGUAAUAAAAUUUCUUAUUAAACUAAAAAUGUAAUCA